CAACCGAACCCUUUCCUCCGUUUCCUUCCCGGUCCAUCAUCGCUGGUGUUCUUCUCGGCCCCCCCGAAGAGGUGGAUCUUGGAUCGAUCGAGAGACCGAUGGCGGCUGCCGGCGUCUCAUCCACCGGUUGUGAGAAGCUCUCCGACCGCUGCUCCCUGAUCUGUCCCGACCUCUACGACCGUGCGACUAGAUUAUCAUGGGGAUUGAAGUUGUCGAUGGUGCUUCUUCAUGUGAUUUUCGUGGGAGUGGUUUUCGUCUUCGAUGUCUCAUUGAUACGCAGGACCAGAGAGGAGCCUUGGUAUACUGCAGCAUACUUGGUGGUUUUUUCAGCUACAUUAUUUCAAUAUUUCUUCACUUCUUGCUCAUCGCCAGGGUAUGUAAUUGAUGCAAUGAGGGCAGCAAAUGGAACUUCAACCACUUUUAACAAUCUGUCUUCAAUUUUGAAGCAGUCCAAUUCAAGAGAUGGGUAUAUAAUUUGUUCCAUGAAUAACCACCAUCUUGAAGCACAGACUACCCACUUUAAUUCAUCGUCAUGGUUGAAGCUUGUUAUGGACCUGUAUCCUCCUGGAUCAGCCAUCAGAAAUUGGACUUGCACUUACUGCAAUAUUGUUCAGCCUCCACGAGCAAAGCACUGCCAUGAUUGUGACAAAUGCAUCCUUCAAUUUGAUCAUCACUGUGUAUGGUUAGGUACUUGUGUCGGGCAAGGAAAUCAUUGCCGAUUUUGGUGGUACGUUUUUCUAGAAACAAUCCUUUGCAUAUGGACAGUUAUACUAUAUAUCUCAUAUUUGCGCUCUGAGAUUGUGAAGGCUUGGUGGAAGGAGUUCAUUGUUAUAGUGCUUUUAGCUGCGCUUAUGUUUUGUCUCAUCUUUCUCAUCCUGCUGCUCCUCUUCCACAGCUAUUUAGCCUUGACAAAUCAGACUACUUAUGAGAUGGUGAGAAGACGACGCAUAUUGUACUUUAGGGGAAUUCCAGAAAAGGUUCAUCCAUUUAGCAAGGGCAUCUGCAAAAACUUGUACACUUUUUGUUGCUCUAGUCACAGCAUACGUGAUUUGGAAGCUGUACCAACGAUGGAGGACAUCGAAGCAAGCGCAAGACCUUACACCUGCUCGGACAUUGUCAUGUGUCGGUGGUGUUGAUUAAUACUGGCUUGGCAUCAGUUUCUGACGGCUUUUAACCAGCAUGUUGUUGAUACAAUCUGGUCAUUUAAUUUUUCUUCUUUCAGUAACAGCUUGUAGUAUUGUAUUUAUGAAGAAAAAACUAAAUUUUCAUCUGGAUAUUCCUUUUAAUUAUAAUUUCAAAUUUAAA